AUGGCUUCUGUACAGACGCCGACUCUAACAUCAUGUUCUAGUGUACAGGACGUCAAGGUGAACGACGUAAGCAUAACAGAUGCCCAGUUAGGAAAAACAAUGAGAGUGAAUUUUACGCUCACCAUUAGCACACAGCUAGCAUCAAACCCGACGCUGAAGAUAACAAUGAAAAAGAGCAAUGGCUUGACAAUUCCGUGCCUGAACAAUGUUGGCUCAUGCACGUACAAACUCUGUGGAGGAACGACAAGCGUUGAACAACAGCUGGGUGUGUUGUGGAAUAACCAGUGUCCCAUCAACCCCAUUACGGGGCAACAAUCAAUAACAGCCCAACUUGACCCACUGAUACAACUCGUUAUCAGGACAUCUGGACUGUCUGGCAAACACGUGUCUCAUGAUGGAACAAUGAAUGCAGAAAUGGGCACAGGAAGCAAAAUGUGGCGACACUAG